GUAGCUUAAAACCCUGAUAAAUCCCGGUUCUUCAGCCGCACAUGCACACUCAGAUAUUCGUUUCAACGGAAUUUCAAAAAUCAGCGAUGGAUGCAGAAGCAGCGGGUAUGGAAGAAGGGAAGGACAUGAAAAACAGCGUGAUGUGUCAGUUGACUGACCCAGAAGGUACGCCUCUGGGACCGUCGAUGUACCUCCCGCAAAGCGCCGGCCCCAAGGAACUUCAGCAAAUAGUCAAUCAGCUCCUCAACAAUGAGGAAAAAUUGCCUUAUGCAUUUUAUGUAUCAAACCACGAGCUCGUGGUGCAGCUUGAUUCGUACCUGCAGAACAACAAAGUGUCUCUGGAGAAGGUCUUGACAAUAGUUUACCAGCCUCAAGCAGUAUUUCGAAUACGUCCAGUUACUCGCUGUUCUUCAACUAUUACUGGUCAUACUGAGGCUGUACUUUCAGUUGCCUUUAGUCCUGAUGGACGGCAGUUGGCAAGCGGGUCAGGUGAUACGACUGUUCGUUUAUGGGAUCUAAAUACUCAGACUCCAUUAUUCACGUGUAAAGGCCACAAGAACUGGGUACUUUGUAUUGCAUGGUCGCCGGAUGGUAAACAUCUUGUUAGUGGAAGCAAGGCUGGAGAACUUCAAUGCUGGGACCCACAGACUGGGAAUCCAUCUGGCAAUCCACUUAUUGGCCAUAAGAAAUGGAUAACCGGGAUUUCAUGGGAGCCAGUGCAUCUUAAUGCACCAUGUCGUCGCUUUGUGAGUGCAAGUAAAGAUGGUGAUGCAAGAAUAUGGGAUGUUUCAUUGAGGAAAUGUGUCAUGUGUCUUACUGGACACACGCUUGCUAUAACCUGUGUUAAAUGGGGUGGAGAUGGAGUAAUAUAUACUGGAUCUCAGGAUUGUACAAUUAAAAUGUGGGAGACUUCACAAGGGAAGUUAAUACGUGAAUUGAAGGGCCAUGGGCAUUGGGUUAAUAGUCUGGCAUUGAGCACAGAAUACGUUCUUCGGACUGGUGCCAACGAUCACACUUGUAAGCAAUAUUCAUCUCCAGAGGAAAUGAAGAAGGUAGCUUUAGAAAGGUAUAAGAAAAUGAGGGGCAAUGCUCCCGAACGUUUGGUCUCAGGCUCAGAUGAUUUUACCAUGUUUUUAUGGGAACCUGCUGUCAGCAAACACCCCAAAACUCGUAUGACUGGUCAUCAACAGCUCGUCAAUCAUGUUUACUUUUCACCUGAUGGGCAAUGGAUUGCAAGUGCCUCCUUCGAUAAGUCAGUCAAGUUGUGGAAUGGUAUUACAGGAAAGUUCGUUGCUGCAUUUCGUGGUCAUGUUGGGCCUGUCUAUCAAAUAAGCUGGUCGGCAGACAGUAGGUUGCUACUGAGUGGGAGCAAAGAUUCGACUUUAAAGAUUUGGGAUAUCCGGACACAAAAGUUGAAACAAGACCUUCCUGGCCACGCAGAUGAAGUUUUUGCAGUCGACUGGAGUCCCGAUGGUGAGAAAGUAGCAUCUGGUGGUAGGGACAGAGUUCUGAAGUUAUGGAUGGGCUAGAAAAUUCAGCAAGGAUGGAAGUGCACACCUACUGGAUGUACUCAACGCCGUGCUCUGCAGUGUUUGGAAAUAACUACAGAAGAAAGCAUGAUAUACUGUAGUAUAUGUGCAUUUCGGGAUUGAUCAGGAAAAAGCAUGCCUUUUUAUGUGGUGAUGAUGAAGAAGAAGAGCUGUGUAUUUAUUGCCGUUCUGUGUGAGGGAUGAUAGCUAUGGCAGAUUGGUUUCAAAUGGCUACUUCACAACUUUUAAAAAUGUGAAUUUAUUGUUGGUUACUGAUAUGAUUUUAUCAUAUUCUCUUUAUUCUGUUUUUUCCUCUGGUAUUAUUAUGACCUCAAAUUUUCGGAAAAUGAUAAUUUAUUCUAGUUGAUGUCGUUAUUUUAUAAAAAUUAAAGCUUA